GGAAAAUCAAAAUAAUAACAGAGCAAUCUCUCACGUGUUUUCCACAUUUCCUGACAAAAAAUGGAAGAAGAAGAGCAAGCAGCUGUCAAUUUCAUCUCCUGCAUCGCUUUUGUAGCACGCGGAAUUGCAAAAGAAAACCCCGAAAAGGUUAAUCUCUCGCCCGAAGAACUCAACCGAAUCAUCGCCGAAACAAAAUCCGAACUCCGCGAUGGCGAAGAAGAGGAAGAAAUGAAAACUUCUGACGACGAAGCGCCAUCCGAAAAUGACGAAAAUAUGACACAACCUGCUCCCAAUAAUGGCGACGAAUAUCAAUUUGACAAAUACGAAACGGAAGGCGGACAACCGGGGAUGCGAAUUGGCGACGUUGCUGUUGCGGAAGACGAUGGGCAACUUCCCGACGAAGAAGAUUCCGAAGCUGAGGAUGAAAUUAUCAAAAGGAACGAUAAUUUGAUCCUCGUUGGGCAUAUCGAAGACGAUGCAGCGACAAUGGAAGUUUACAUUUACAACGAACAAGAGGACAGUUUGUACGUUCAUCACGAUUUUUUGCUGCCUUCGCAUCCGUUGUGCAUCGAAUGGUUGAGUUACGACCCCGGAAGUGAAGAACCUGGAAAUUUGUGCGCAAUUGGAUGCAUGGAUCCGAUUAUUACAAUUUGGGAUUUGGACAUUCAAGAUUCGUUGGAGCCUACGUUUAAGCUCGGAUCGAAAGGAAGUCGCAAAAAAAAUAAGGAAAAAUUCGGACAUACCGAUGCUGUGUUGGAUUUAUCGUGGAAUAGAAAUUUACCGCAUAUCAUGGCGAGUGGAUCAGUUGAUGAAACAGUAAUUUUAUGGGAUCUCGACGAAGGAUCUCCCCAUACGACAAUCCGAGAUUUCAAUGAAAAAGUUCAAACGCUCAGUUUUCACUUUGCCGAACCCGAAUCUUUGCUCGUGGGAAGUUGCGAUGGAACCGUGAAGCUUUUCGAUUGUCGCGCCACAGAUAAUUCUCACUCCGAAUUCACGUCAUGGGAUGUCAAAGCUGAAGUUGAACGCGUUGUUUGGAACAAACACAAUCCAAAUUGCUUCAUGGUGAGCACAAAUGACGGAAUGAUGCAUUAUUUCGAUCGCCGGAAUGCUCAAGGACCUCUUUGGCAACAAAGUGCGCACGAAAAGGAAGUCACAGGACUCGUGCUAGCUGAACACGUUGAUGGAAUGUUGUGCACGGCAUCCGCAGAUGGCACGGUUAAAGUUUGGGAUUACGAUCAAAAUGGCGCGACGUUGAUUUUUGCGAAACAUUUGAAGAUGGGAGUCAUUCAAAAUAUUCAAGAGUGCCCGGAAAAUUCGUUUAUUUUGGGCGUUGGAGGCGAUGUGAGGAAGAAAAACUUUCAGAGACUGAAUUUGCUGGAUUACGAACAGGUUUCCAAUAAGUUUAAGGAUCGGAGUUUGGUGAAACCGGAAAUUGCGCCGCCAACGCAGGCGAUGGAAGACAUGGAAGUUUAAUUUUUUUUUUAAGUGAAAUUAAUUAUAUUAUAUGGAAAAUAAUAAUUUUUGUUAAUUAU